AGCUUACUUGCUUCUGCAAAUGGACACCAUCAGAUCCAACAUACCUUCCGUGAAAGAACUGGAAUGUCGUAUAGACAAGUGUAAGUUGGAAUCAAAUGCGCUAGAUGAAGUGUGGCCCCAAAUUUAUAUAGGUAACAUGGUCACAGCGCACAACAAGGAGGAGCUGAGAAGAUAUGGCAUCACCCACAUACUGAACGCAGCACACGGUGCUUGGGGGAGCAAUGGAAAUCAGACUUUCUAUGGAUCAGAAAUCUCUUACUAUGGCAUAGCAGCAGAAGAUGACGUAGAUUUUGACUUAACUGUCUAUUUUCAUCCGGCCUCAGAAUACAUCCACCAAGCACUAAGAGCCCCGAAAGGAAAAAUCUUGGUUCAUUGCAUUCUAGGCAAAAGCAGAUCCCCAGCCCUUGUUCUAGCUUACUUGAUGAUUUACCAGAACUUGUCUCUGGCCGACGCUCUUGAAAUGCUUCUGCAGCAUCGAGCAAUUUCCCCAAACCGAGGAUUUCUAAAACAGCUUCGAGAUCUAGAUCUGGAACUGCAUUGCAAGAUAUCCCUGUGUCGACUUUUAUGAAUGUGAAGAAAAGCAAGAAAUAAGGACUUUUGAUAAGAGUUUUUUUUUUGAAAGAUCCUUACAAGCUUAUUAUCGUUUCAUUUUUUCUUUUUUUCCACGAGCAGAAUUUACAAAGCUUGUAUUUCACCACAUUGAAGAGCCCAAUAAGACUCUGGACAUCCAGCAAAUGCUUUCUAUCCGCAGAGCUGCUCCUCAGGUACCUGUGAAAAGCAUCCAGUCAGGACAGGAGGAAGACAUGUUACAGAUUAACAGAGUUAGAAGGGACCUUGUAGGUCAUCUACUCCUACCUCCAGCCCAAGCGGGAGACCCUACACCAUUCCUGACAAAUGACAGUCCAAUCUCUUCUUCUCAACUGUUUUCCUACACAAGUGAGAUUCAAAUAAUCAAGAGUUCCUGUCGCAAAGAAGAGGGAGUCAACUUAUUCUUCAAAGCACCUGAGGGCAGGACAAGAAGCAAUAGAUGGAAAUUCAUCAGAGAGAGAUCCAACCUGGAACUAAC